ACUAAAAUCAACCAUUAGAAUUCAAAAAUUACCAAAAGAGAAUUAAGAUUCAAAUGUUAAUUUUGUUUUAAAUAUUUAUUUUAUCAUAUUUAACCUUUUGUAAAUAUUAGAAAUUACUCUUGUAUAGAUUUAGGGGCUUUUUAAAAAUGUAUUUCUUUUUUCCUAAUAUAGCUCUAAUUCACCAUGACCCUUUUGCUGCUGUAACAUGUAAAUUUUCACAGUGUGUGAUUAAUAAAUUCUGUGUUAUCAGGUAGAGAACAUACAUUUUUCAAGGUAACAGUUAUCACUACAAAGAGCCUGAAGACAUCACAACGGUCAGUCAGGCAACCUAAAAAAGAUGGACAGAAACUAACCUGAAACUUUUAAAUUUAAUCAUCAUGAUCAAAAGGCAUUGCACAAAAGCCUCACCCUGCUCCAAUUCCCUGAAAAUGAUCAAGGCAAGUGUGAACAGAAACCUGCAAUCACUCAUGUUAAUGAGCCACCUGACUUAUCAGGUAGGCUGAGCAGUCACUAGCAAUGCAGACAAUGGCUACAGGUCACUAUAAAUUCAGGGUCAUCUGUUGUCUGCCUUUAUUUCAACAAACAGCACAAUGGCACCACAGAACACAUCAUCGGUCAAGCUCUGCAAGGCAACCAAAAGGAAGGCCAGUUCUGACCAGGCCCUCAGCAAAAAGACAAGGCUGUCAGCGUCUAUGACAAGCAGGGCAGUUGGCAAUGGGCCUUUGGACCUCAAGGAGAAUGAUCCAACUUCAUCAUCAGUGAACACUGGCAGAGCUGAAUUUGAAGCCAGAUACAUCCAGGAGCAUCAACUUGGUGAAGGAGGAUUUGGAUGCGUGUUUGCUGGCUAUCGUAAAGCAGACAAUUUACCGGUGGCCAUAAAACACAUUCCAAAAACCAAGAUUUUCUGGGAAAACAAGGCUGAGGAUGGGAAGAGUCUUUCAGUGGAGGUGGCUGUUAUGUUGGAACUCCAAGAUGGAAAAACUGGACAGCUGCUGAACUCGACAUCCGUGUCCUUGCUGGAUUGGUACAAUCUCCAGGAGGAACAAAUUCUGGUGCUUGAGCGACCAAUCCAUGCACAGGACCUCUUUCAGUUCAUUGAGGUCAAUGGAGGUUGUGUAAAGGAGGGCAUGGCCAAGGUCAUACUGAAACAGCUGGUCGCUGGAGCAUUGGAGUUUGAGGACAAGAACAUCUUUCACCGUGAUAUUAAGGUGGAAAAUGUUCUAAUAGAGACCAGCUCAGAUGUUCCACGUGUUUGGCUGAUUGACUUCGGCCUUAGCUGUUUUGUGCAGGAAGACUCCUUCAAGGUGUUCCAUGGUACGUUAUCCUGCUUCAGCCUACCCAUUUGUUUACCCAUUUGCUUUAAUCCUUUUAAGGAGGUCUCAUUCCUGUAUUUUGCAGGCACAGUUGCUCAUGCUCCUCCUGAGUGGUACAGCUGUUGCAGCUACAGUGCUGGUCCUACAACAGUGUGGCAGCUGGGAGUACUACUUUAUGAAAGCGUCCACAGAAAACAGUUUGAAACCCAAAAGUUUAUCAGGCACAAACUAAAGAUCAGCAACAGGCUCUCAAAAAAUUGCCGUCAUUUCUUGAGAACUUGUCUGAAUAAAGUUCCUGAGCAGCGUCCCACUCUGAAGCAACUCUAUCAGCACCCGUGGCUCUCAAACUGAAAUGGUAUUUCACACACACACUCACUUUGAUAAUAUUGCAAAGAGUGAUUAAUUUUUGGCUUUCUGUUAAGGUGACGUGUAAUAUAAGCUAGACAGUCAUGUUCUUUCCCCAUGUUCCUGUGACUAUCAAGUAAAAUGGGUACAGAGUGGUACAUGCCAUUCACCUGCAGCACUGGUUCUGCUACGGUGUGGAGAGGACUGAAUACAAUCACCAGAUGGAGUACAGCGAGCAGAGAAGGCCUGGAGUCUUGAGACCAGGUUUGGGCUAAUUGAACCAGUUAUUUAACUGGUUUGACUCAGAAGCCCUUCCCUCCCCCAUCCCCCAUCCAAAGCUCUUCACACCUCUGCAACCUCAGUCUGGAGAGGGUCCUCAGUCUAUGGAAAACCUCCUGCAUGGUGCCAGUCCCAAAGACAACAUACACAAAGGAACCGAACCACUUCAGACCUGUUGCCCUGACUUCACAUCUAAUGAAGACACCUGAUGUAAGGGUCAUGUUUUUGAUUUCUCCAGUUCCUUCAACACAAUCCAGCCCUCAGUGCUAAGGGGGAAGCUGCAGGGAGCGGGAGUGGACUCUGUUGUCCACGUGGAUUGCUGACUACCUUACUAGUAGACCGCAGUAUGUGAGGCUGUGGGACUGAGUGUCUGAGGUGGUAGUCUGUAGCACAGGGGUCUCACAAGAAACAGUACUUGCCCCUUUCCCCUGUACACUGUGGACUUCAGUUAUAACACAGACACUUGCCAUCUCCAGAAGUUCUCAGACGACACCGCCAUUGUGGGUUGGGUGUCAAAGGGAAACUAACUGGAAUACAGGGGGUGCCUUUUUUUUUUUUUUUUUUUUUUUUUUUUUUAAAAUGCUGUGGUCUGUUGGAGUGGUGGAAUGGCAGAGAGGGACUGGGGGAAACUUAACUGGUCAAGAGGGCCAGCUUUGUCCUGGACUGUCCGCUGAAGUCCAUUGAGCAGCUGUUAAACUCUAACAGUUUAACAUGGUUACUUCUCAUUGGUUUAAAUGACAUGUUUUUUUAAAUUGCUGCUAUUGCAUCUUGUUUGUACACUGUAUAUUUCACCAGUAUUUAUACCCCCCCCCCCUUCUGUACAUAUCAGUACAUUUAUGCAUAUGAAUUUCAGUUGCUUAUGUCUAUAUUCCUCUUGCUAUAAGAGCUAUGUAACACCCAAAUUUCUCAUUCGUGGGAUAAUAAAGGUUUAUUCUAUUCUAACUGAAGGUGGCCCCGUUUGAAAAUCUCUACAAAACUGAUGAUUUGACACAAUCACUCAUCUUAAUAAUCUGAGGUACUGCAUUAAUUGUAUACAACUGAUAGUACAGAUAUCUUUAAUCACUACAGCCCUAACUGCCUUUCUUCCCUUUCCCGAGCAGCAGGACUUGAUAUUUGACAGUCUCCUGAUGGAGCAGCUCCAGUAUCAAUCACAGCCUAACCUAAAGACACAAACAAGAACUCAUCUGACUUAUUUGUGUAAACUCCAAUGGAUUUCUAUUGAUACUACCACCCCAAUUAGACCCUGCUUUCUGAUGUGAAGAUGGGCUUUGUUUGCCUUCCACCGGUUUCAUACUGGCUAGUGAUGGUAAAUUCGAUUCUUUUUACUGAAUCGAGUUUUAAUGACUCCCUCACC